UUCUAUGCUUACUUUGUGCCUUCAGACGCGUUUUCCCCGAACACGAUUGGCAGAACUAUGCCUGGGAUCCUGCUGAUCCAAGCAUUACCUAUGAUUCGUUCGUUGAAGGCGUUGAAGGCAAGGACAGACCCAGUUAUGAAGCGACGGACAACCUCAUGAUGUGGCACUUCCCAAAGCGUGGCAAAACCCCGGGUCUGGACAAAUUUCUCGACUGUCUCGAGUCUGGAGCUCAAGAUGCGCUUGGGAAAGGCUACCUGCGCAAACUCAACCUCUCCAUUGCUCGCAUGGAUGAUGGUCCGAUUACUGAGGCAAAUCUCAUCGAGUCUUACACUGUCAAAUUCUCCUAUGACAGCGGCAACGUUGUUUCACAGAUCUAUUCCGAGACAGGAGACAUGAGAUCAAGCACACCACAACCUGUUGUGCUUCUUAACGUCAAGAACGGGGCACGCAAGCUACUGAACAACGUAGCCAGUUACCUCUGGAAUAGCUCGAAGCAUGGUGAACUCCAGGACUACCCUCUGCCGACUUCCUUUCGAAUGAUCAUGGCAAUGGACUACAACGAUGGCACCCCACCCGACUAUCAGGCACCUCGUUUUCACCAAGGCGAUGAACACGCUUCACGCCUCAUCAAUUUGGGCCAUUUUAGUGAGAAUCGUGUGAUGAACACUGGAUAUCACAGAGUUUCAGUUGGCUGGCAUCUAUCAGGAGCAGUCCAGCAGCCAACCCAGACCAGUCAGCCUGUUGACAACGGCGAUUCGAGACCAACCCGGAUCACUCGUUCUAUAUGCAAUCCUCAGACGCCAGUUAUGCGCGGCCGACAGCAGUCUGUAUCUUCGGAGCUUGGAGGACAAACACAGCCAGAUGCCAUGAGACAGAUUGGUGGAAUGGGUGCAUUCAGGCAACCAAAUACAGAUACACAAGACACCCGACCUUUGUAUAACCGGUCCUUCUCCGCUACCCGUAGCUCCGCGAAGAGACGUCGUACCGGGCAUGCGCAGCCCAGACUCAGAUAUCCCCCUUAUACCCAAAGCGUCAUUGAUCUCUUCGACAGCCAAGGCUGCACCAGUACAUCGGGAGAUGUUGAUUGUGACUGCGGUGCAGAGGGCGAUUCCGGUGACUUGGUUCACUGCUUGAAGUGUGGAAGCUCCCAUCAUGCUCAGUGCUAUGGAUACCUUGAUGGUAGUCACCCGGUAAACGUCGUGUGUUACCUGUGUCUUCUACAUCCAGACAACGGCCCCAAGGAGCACGAAUUGUACCAGGAAAUGCAGCACUUAUGCGUCAAGAGACGAGUUUUACAUUAUCUACUUGAACACGGACCUUCCGCCCAUAUUAAGCGCCUCAAAGAAUAUGCCAGUAUCCCUGAAAAUCUAGGAGUGAUUGAAGCAUUCUUGGAAGAGCUGGAGCAUGGAGGUUACAUUAAGAUUGAACUGGGCCUCCUCAACGAUAAAGCCUCAGUUGCAUUCUAUACUCUCGCGGCGGAUGAAAAGACGAUUCGCAGCAACUACUUCCGCCCACAACAGAAGAUCAGCCACCAUGUAGGUCGCUUUCCUAUUGCUAUACAAUCAAUUCGUUCUGACACAAGCCCCAUAGUUUGCCGUGCCAGAAACACCACCUACUGCUCAAUUCAACGGUACUUUGGGUGGUCAAUCGGGCAGCCAGAAUCCAACUUUGACAACUCCAAACCUUGCCGAAUCCCAGGGACUUAGCCAGGCUACUCGACGACUUCUUCUUGCGGAUGCUAGCAGUACCCAGGACACAUCAAGUCCCCAGUCUAAGUCUUACAGCCGCUCACGAACCUUCAGCCCCGCAGGGUCUCCUCAGGCAGCCCAGACUAUGACACCUGCCGUCAGUCGUGGCUCAUUCAACAAGAAACGUGUUGCAGAUUUAGAUAUCGGCGGGAUUCCUCCUAAGCGUCGCAACCCUGCUGUCAUCAGCCCAUGG